AUGUAUGGGGGAGACUCAGAUGGCUGGAAAACAACCUCACCGCACGCGUCGCAGCAGUUCGCCCGCGACGCUUCACGGCGGCCGGAUGAUGUGAUGUUUGCAAGUACCUCUGCUUCGAGCACGCUGAUGGGAGCAUUCGAGGGCUUCGAAAAUCGCGCAUCUGUUCCGCCGCUUCGAACAGGCGGUGCACCACCUCAACCAUCCGGGAGCACAACUGCAACAUCUGCUCUUCAGCACAAUGCCCGCCAAGGUGAUACCAGUCGGCGAUCGGGCGACUUAGCGUCAGGAGAUGUAUCCGGACCUUCCGCUUUUGACGCUUUUUCUCAGCCAAGCCUCGACGAUUCAAGCGAUUUCAUGAUGGACCAUCUGGGCGGACAAGUAUCAAACGUUGCGCCUGCGGAGUUCCUGCAUGCUCUGAACCCACAGACCGAAUCGCAUGCCUUCCCUCAGUCUGAUCAGCUCGCCGAUUUCAUCAUGAAGAAUUUGUGAGUAAGGCCUCAUUAGCAUUCAUCACCGAUUGCAAACGCUCACGAGCUCUUGGCAUACACCCAGUGGUCAUGGAGAGGGCGCAUAUUCUCAAGCUAGGCCGCUUCAAGCUGGAACAUCGAACUGGAGUCUAGCUUCGAGUAACCACCACGAAGGCUCCUCUGAACCAUGGCGCCCGUCUCAGGGCGUUCAUACAGUCGGAGAAAGCCACGGAAGCCAGGGGCUUCAAAGCCCUCUGACGGCUUCUGUGGCGGGGCCUCUGCAGCGCCCACAUCGACCGGCAGCGUUGGACCUCAACCGCGAUGCUGCACGAGAAGGACAGCUGCUAGGCGUCGAUGUUGCUCAUUCUGGCGGCACGCGAUCACAGGACAGGACGCCUUCCAGAGCAGAGCAUCUUCAACCCAGCGCGGAUGCCUUUGCCCAGUCUCACGGUACGUCGGAGGCAGAGCUUAGGACACCUCAGGCACCAAGUCGCUUCUACAACGUUCCCGGACUUCAUCCUCCUCUGUUCGACGGCCAAAACUCGCACGAGGGCGAUGAUCUCGGACACACCACAGACUACUUGGGGCGCUUGAUCGGCGCAAAUGAUCAAGCUAGCGCAAUUCGCGUAGAUGAUCCUAGACAACUGCACAACCGUGGCUUCGCAGAGGGAACUUCGACAUUGCCACAUGCCUUCUUGCCAUUAUUCGGCAGCAUGCACGGAGAGUCUCACUCAUCCUCCUCGGAUGCUCCCCAGGACUCUGAGCAGCUGAUGCACGCAACGCCUCUACGACGGCCUCCACGGUCCCCGACCUUCCAAAUGCCUGUAGGUGCCGAACCUCACCCUUCCAUCGGUUCAAGUCCAUCGACGCUCUCGGCUGCCUUUUCACAGACUCCUAGCCGUUCAAGCAGUCACAGUGGACCCUCCUCGACGCCAUUCGACCAUUCGGCGAUUGCCUCGGGGCCUGGUCCGAGCCCAGCAGCGUCUAAUCCAUCGAGGCUUUCUAGCAGGUCGAGCUUCUCAGAACUCUCCCAAUCAAGCAUGCGCAGUGUUGCGGAGCCGCAAAGCCGACCAAACAGCCGGCCUCCGGGCAGGACCGGUGACUGGCAACACCAAAGCUUUGCUGAUCCUCAAUCUGCAUGGCAGUCCUUCGACAGCGAAAUGGGGAGCAGCGAGCAUUCUGGGCACUUGGAGGAGGCACUGCACAACAUGGGGCAUCAUCCUAACCACGAGCAAUUCUAUCUGGCGUCCGCGACAGGGCUGACCCAGCGUCCUAUGGAAUAUGACAUGGCUUAUGCAGAUCACAAUCUGGCUCACGCAAUGGCAGCCAACGCUCAUAUUGGUUCUCAAACCAAUCGGGAUGGCGGCAGCACACCAACCAUCAUGGAGGAAGACGAGGGGCCUCCGGGCACCCACCAUUCCAGAGGUCAGCACCACCUUCCUCUUGUUUCCCACUCCCUGACCUCUCAAGCAGGACCCUUGAUCGGUCAUCAGCAGGUCCAGCAAAUGUCUGCUCAGCACUAUCAGCCCUCGCUUCAAAAUGCGGCGUAUCCCAACGUAGCUCACCAAGCGUCCCAACAGCCACUGUCCUUUCAUUUUGGUGAGAGCGGGCACGGUGGCGGUCAAUUGCGCUUUGACCAAGGGUCGCCGAAUCGCGCACAGCGCGCUUCUGGUCCUGCAUCGUCGCCCAGUGGGUCGAGGCGCUCUGCUUUUGUUCCUUCGCAGACUGUUCAGGCAGCGAGCGGCAGAGUGGGAGUCAUGCGGCCAGAUGGCUUUCCUGUCGGUCAUAGUGGUCUUUCGGGCAUUGGUCCAGCCAGAACGGCAGUGGUGCUCAAGAGAGCUUACCGUCCGGGCAUUCACCCAAGCACGCUUCAGCAAGCGUCCUUUCUGCGGAUGGCGAGCAAUCCGAUAAUGUCUCCCGCGCUGUCAGGCGACACCGAACCCACUGAUUGCUUGAGCUUCAUUUCGUGAGUGCCGUUUGAGCUGCGCAAAAGCUUUGGGCCCACAAUAGUCACAGUGCACUUACCAACUUGCAUCAUGUCUGCAGCGACACGAUGGACAAUUAUCUGUCAAGCUCAAGUCGACUCGGUCUCGGCGAGCGCACUGUCCUGGUGAUGACCAGCAAAGUCGGACAGAAAAGCUAUGGCGUCGAGAAGCGGUGAGUGCUGUAAAGGUGCCGCGUGGUGGCGUGCUUUCCCGCUGAACUCUGCAAUGAUUGCGUCCUCCAGCUUUCUUUGUCCUCCGCCCAUGGUCGUGCUGAUCGGCAGCAGCUGGUGGACAUCGGCGCAGAAACCCACUCCUACUUUCGUGGACGGUCCUGGAACCGUGUCCGAACAUGCCAUGGGGGUCGCUCCCCCACGAGUGGUCGUGAGCAUUAGUGGCGAACAGCAUUCGAUUCAGGAUGGAUCACUUGAAUGGGCCGCGAACAGUGGCCGCUUGAUUGACGUCAGCGGGAAUGGCUCCACGGAGUUGGCAAUCUCUGGCAGAUGCAUUGCCAAGCAGCUCUUCAUCAACGACCUCGAUGAGAAACGCCGAUACUGCGAGGCAAACGUCACGAUCAGCAUGCCCGGUCGCAAUCCGGACGAGCACCAUCUCCUCGGACACUUUCCGAGCAAGCAGAUCAAAGUCAUCAGCAAGCCAAGCAAGAAACGCCAAAGCGCGAGAAAUGCUGACUGUGAGUCGGACGCUUAUAUGCGGUAGCCAAGCACCGUCCCGUUCUGUCAACUCAUAGUUUAGAUUUUGCCCAGUGUGUGUCAAUCACGGCACGACAAUCUCGCUUUUCCAUCGCCUGCGAGGUCAAACGGUCUCGACGCGUUAUCUCUGCGUGUCUGGAGCUCCAACGUGGCUCAAGGGAUCUGAUGGCCAGACCUUCACUACAGCUGCGCAAGAAACCUCUUUGCCUAGCACGUCGGAGCCUCCUUCCUGCUUCAUGGCGAAAAUAUCCAGCUGGGACGCCUUCAUCGUUUAUCUCGUGGAUCCAGCUAAAUCGACGUUGAGUCACAAGGCCACACCAGAGUCCGAGGCAGCCCGCUUUCCCACGCCCCCCGAAUGCGCUUAUCCCGCCACGACGUACGGCGCAGCACCCAGACCGAUCCAUUACAACCAGCCAGUCGUGCUGCAAUGCCUGCAGACUGGCGUUGUGAGUCCCGUGAUGGUGAUUCGCAGGGUGGACAAAGGUACGACAGUGAUGGGUGGAAGCAGAACGUUCGGAUCCGAGGGCUUCUAUCCUUGCAGCGAAGCGCUCGGCGAUCCUGUUUCUCAGCUGCACAAGAUUGCAUUGGAGGUGCUUGACGACUUCAAAGUCCCAGCUCCGGACCCAAAUCUUCGCCAUCCCUCCGGCGAGCUUCGGCCGCCAGGAGACAGCCGUCCAUUCCUCUCAUGCAACAACGAUCAGGUCGGCAUGCGCAAUCCUGAUGAGCCUCGUCGAUGGGUGCCGAACGUGGGCGGUAUUUCAGCUCCCACGACCCCAAUCACACCAAUGACAUUCCCUCAGCACGACGCCAUGAUGCUCGACGAGUCGAAGAAGUUCCUCGGCACGCCCCCAACCAGUCCCACGGCUGCGACGGCUGCGGCGUACGCAGCUGCACAGACCAGGCAUAGCGUAGCGCAAGCUCGCCACCAGCCAUCGAUUGGAAGUGGACUUUCGAUGAGCUCCAAUGUCGCGUCUCAGGGCGUGGGCUCUGCCUCGCAGGAGUCUGCGGCAUCAACAUCCUCGGCCGCCGACUCCUCCAAGGCUCGUAGGCCGAGGCGAGUUUCUUCCUCUGUCAUACAACACAAGGAACGCGCUGCGCAGAAUGCCGCUAGCAAAAGCAGACGCAGAGGCCAGUCCAUGUCGACAGUCAAUCACAUGCAGCAGCUGUCGGGCACCGGCAAUGCAUCCGGCACAAGCUCGCCUGGCAAAGGCGAACAUCUGCGUCGAACCAGCUCGUUUGCGACAUCUGCUGCUUCCACAGAGUCCUCUGUCGGAGGUCCUCCUGCCGGAUCGACGUGGUCCAUCGAAGUCAAGGACACGGACAUUUGGACCAUCGUGGGCACCGACAUUGCUCGACACACUUUCUACAUUCCGCCUAGAAUUGUGGACGGCAUCAGACCCAAGGCGCCGAAAGCGGAUCGCAGUGUCGCUCAUUUGAUCACAGUGCCAACACCGAGAGAGCCCAUCACACCGAUUCCUGUGCUUCACCACUUCACCGCUCCACAGCGGACACGGACACAACCUGCACACACCGCAAGCCCCGCCUCGCGCACAACUAGUGGAAGCGAAUGGAUCACGCUCUUUGGUGAGAAUUUUGGUCACAACCUCUUCGUCUACUUUGGCGACUGGCGCUGUGACCAAGUGGAAAGGCAGUCCACCACUACCUGGCUUUGCGCCCCUCCUCCCUCGCACGACGUCAGUGUGGGCGGCGAAGUUCUCCGCGGGCCUUCGCCUAUCACGCUCGUGAGACACGACGGGGUGAUUUUCCCCACGGAUCACAUUUAUCGGGGCUAG